CGGUUAAAACUAAUACAACGCUUACAAUCAAACGAGCGUUUUUAUUGAGUGUUUUGUAUGUGGGAAUAUUGUUUACAUCUGCAAAUACACUUCUCCAUACACACGUAGAUAGUUCACUGUGUAAAUUUAACUUUAAUUUCUCUGAACGAUUCCCGACAUCCCUCUUCCAGUUGAAUUCCGUGGCCCAUCACUCUUCCGCCAUCAAACAGCGGGUCGUUGAAGAGGUAGUUAGUAAUACUACUUUGAUAGUAACGUGGAUGGAGAACUUCAUCCUGUAUGAGGAGCUUGGGAAAGGCAGUAGCUCUGUUGUCUAUAAAGGAAGAAAAAAGGGCACUCUCAGCUAUGUAGCCAUCAUCUGUGCUGACAAAGCCAAGAGACCUUACAUCACUAACCAUGUACGUCUCAGCCAUGAUCUGGAACAUCCGAACAUAGCGUGCUUCUAUGAGUGGUAUGAGACAAGUAACCACCUGUGGUUGGUAGUGGAGCUCUGUACAGGUGGUUCCCUAGAGUCUGUAAUUGGUCAUGAUGGAUGUCUGUCCGAAGAUGUCGUGAGGAGGUUUGGAUGGGACCUGGUCAAAGGACUGAAGCACAUCCAUGAAUUAGGAAUCAUUUUCUCUGACUUGACCCCUGCUAAGAUCCUACUGGAUGGCAGUGGUGUUUUGAAGUUUGGUAACUUCUGUAUGUCCAAGGCAGAGGGAGAGACAGUGGAGGAUUUCUUUACCUUGUUCUCUACAUCUGAGGAGGCACAUAAUGAAGAUAUCAAGGAGAACUUCAGCAACAUGAGGAAAAUGUUACAAGGUUCUCCGUCUUACAGCGCUCCAGAGGUUUUGCAGGGAUCAGAAACUAAUAUGAGCUCUGAUCUCUGGGCUCUGGGUUGUGUACUCUACUACAUGUACACUGGUAAACCUCCAUUCUAUUCUGAUAUUUACACUGAACUGACAGAAAUGAUUUUAUAUCAGGAACCACGACCUCCCAGACAGACAGUGAUUUCAUCCAGUCCUCCUAGUGAAGACUUUCAGAAUCUUCUGAAAGGGUUGCUCAACAAAAACCCAGAUAAGAGGAUGGACUGGCCAGAGUUGUUGCACCAUCCUUUUUGGAAACAAGUACUAAAUGAGGAUAUGGAAGAGGAAGAGCAGGGCAAGGAAGGGCAUCAGCAGGGAAAAAAUGAAUGUGAGGGGGUUGGUUCAACUAGUUCAAGUGUGUCUUUUUUCCUCCACAGGAUCCCUGACCAUUUCUCUCAAGGACAGGAGAAUGAGUUUCCCAACAGUCACUCAGCUAUCAUGAAGUCAGCCUCUAAGAUUUCUAGGAAACUGAUCUCAUCACAGACAAAAAGUGCAACAAGUCAUAGACAAUCUGACAGAAGGGCUGAUUGCCAACAAGCUGUCAGACACACAACCAGUGGAGCCUUAAGGAACAGCAAGGGCUUUGAAGAUGAGGUGGGAAAGGAGAAAAGAGGAGAGGGGGAGGCAAAGACAGACGAUUACCCCAAGUUAACAGAGGCCCAGCAGUUACACACACUGCAGCCCAAUAAGUCAUUUACACGAGAUAACAUGUCAGAGCUCAGGCCAAAGAGUGGUGUGGAUGAGGACAACACUGAGGCCAUUUUUCUCCUCAGCUCCUGUUCCAACUCAAGAAGAAGCUACAGUAUCUCAGACUCUCCAAACCAGACCCCUGCGCCUCAGGCCAGCACUGACAUCACAUCCUGUGUCAAGGAUCUUAUCUAUACUGACUCUGAUCUGAUUGUCACCCCAAUCAUGGACAACCCCAAGAUUGUCAAGAGUCCACCUGUGAGAUUUGAUCCCAAAACGCUUUGUGUGGCAGCAUAUUCAGUUGAGAAGCUGCAAUCCCUGAGUGAUGAAGAGUGGACUGUCUUCCUCUUACAGCUCUGUUCAUCUCUUGGAGAACAGAACCCCUCAGUUCCUCUCUCCUCUUCCUCUACUGCUCCUUCUCCUCCCUCCAUUCGAUCCAGACUCAACCUGCUCUGUUACCUUUGCUGUGUGGUUGGACAUAAAGUUAUUGGCAACAGGCUGAUAAAUUCACCACUGCUUCCAGUACUGACCCAGCAAUUACGACAAGCUCCCAACUGGGAUGUACGCAGCAAGGUUCUAAAAAUAAUGGGCCUACUUGCUCUGCACUGUACUGAACUCGGAGAGGACAGCCCUGUUUCUGAGGCUGUGUCCACACUAACAGAUCUGUUGAGAGAAAACCUGAGGAAUAAUAAAAUAAAGCAGUUACUGCUGCCACCACUUGGGGAGUUCCUCUACCUCAUCGCAUCUCAGGAGAAGAAGAGAGGCUCCCCAGAGGGACUGUGGUUCGUUCCCGCUGCCGCCUACACUGGCUUAAUGAGGAGCCUGCGGGAAGGGGAUGAUUCCAUAGUUCAUCACAUGGCUGCAAAAGCCAUAGAGAACAUCUCCACCACUGUCUCAGGCCCCUCCCACCACCUGGUCACCACAGAGAUAGGCUCUGCCCUGUGGUACCUGUUCACUCACUCCACUGUGGAGGCUGUGAGAGUCACCGCCAUCUCUUCUCUUUCUAGGCUGACCCGGGUGGUCCCAGCGGUCUUCUUGGCAGUGAUUGACACCUGUGGCCCUGCGGCUAUCUUGGAGGGCGUAGGUGGAGCAGGGGCCAGGGUCCAGCAGCACCUGCUCACAGCUAUGACCACUGCCCUACUCACUUCACGGAUCCAAACACACCGUGUCGCACAGAACAGGGAUUUGGUGUUGAAGGUGCUGCGCUGUCUAGAGAGUCCAUCCACAGUAACACGAGCCAAAGCAUUACUACUACUGCUGCUGCUAACACAGGACAACACACACACACUGCUUUACUGCUGUCAACACAGGCAGUCGUGUUGUUCCAAGAGUCAUCCAAGACUUGUGAUGUACAUGGAGAGAGACCUACGCAAAGCCACUCCCCUAAGAGAGAACCCCAGCCAAACAGGAUACCUGUCUCAGUGUCUGGAUUUACUGAUUGUACAUCUGAGUAGCACUGCACCACUGAUACUGGAGGAUGUCUUAUGUGCAUUGCGAGGUGUGAUCGGGAGGAGACACCCAUCUACAGUUCAGAGCAGACAGCUUAAACACACUUUGCCUACAAUGUCUGUUGUGCUGGAACUUCUUUCCUCACAGGUCUUUAGAUCUCAAAUAGUAACUGAAGAGUUUCUAGCUCAAAUUGGAUUGCUGCUGAACUAUAUCACCUCUAUAGAGUCCAAUGAAACAAAUCUGACCAGUGCUUUGGCUGUAUGUGAGGAGUUGAUUAGGACAUCUCUGUCCAUUGUGGAAGUCCUCAGUCAGCACCAUGCUCUCACCACUCCACAUCAUAGUGCUGUUGUGGAUGACAUCCUGCCCCCCUUGACAACACUGGCCUUCAGCAAAAAUGUGGAGUGGUCUGUGUUUGUUUUGAGGGUGCUGUCCGAACUCAGUCUUGUCUUGCUGGUCCAGGAGAGUGAUCAAACUGAGGACGAUGAGGGGACAGAGGAAAAGAAAGAGAGAAGAGAUGAAAGAGGAAGGGCAGUAGAAGGAAUAGAUGAUGGAAGCUCCUGUAGUGAAAUCUUAGCUCUCAUUACAAAAUCUCUGCUUCCAAGGUAUGAGUCUCUUCUUCGGGCAGCAGAGCCUAUCCCGCUCUACGCACUCAAACUCCUGGUAUCGAUGACUGAACACAGCACGCAGAUCUGCAGGUUGAUCAAACACAGUAGACUCCUACCUACAGUCUUUCAGCUCAUUAUGGCUAAUAGUGGUAAUGUUACCAGUGGGAUGAUCCAGAAUGCAGUGGCCUUGCUGUGUAAUCUUAGUGGAGACACAGUCUUGGACCUGGAACCACCAUACCAACAAGAGCUAAUAGAGGUGGUGGUGAGCACCCUCUCAGAAGCUGCACUAGUUCACCUGGAAGGGGAAGAGCAUGCUGGGAGGAAAGUCAGCCAUCUUGUGUUACAAGCCCUUCUGGAACUGCUUCACAACAUCCUCAAACAAACAUCCGUUGUUGUCCGCUCUGCACUGCAGAGCCAGAGGCUAUCUUGUCCAGCAGUAGAGAUGGAGGCAGCAGAGAAGCUGCUCCUAGAAAACCGACCCCUGAGCCAACUCAGCACACACCUCAUUCACAUGCUGUCAACUGAAAACCAGGAAGUCUGGGAGGAGUCUAUGCAGUGUCUGUCCCUGCUGGUCCAGCUGUAUGGAGGAGAAGGUUAUGACUGCCUGUCACCUUCCUGUCUGCAAAGCUUUUUACACGUGCUGCGCACACACAUGCACACUGAAACCCCCCGAAUCCAACGCACAGCACUUAGGAUCAUCAAACGAUUGGUGCAGACUACAGAGCGAUCUGAUUGGUUUGAGUGUCCAGAAGGGGCGGAGCUAAUGAGUCUGCUGCAGAAUAUAACUACAUCCAACAGAUGUCACAUCGAUGUGGUUCCACUGGCUACGGAAAUCCUCGAGCUCUCUGGAUCCUAGAAGCUUUUCAUCUUCAAACCUGAAGCAAACCAGAACCAUUCCACCAUUUCAGGGCUUUAAAGAUACUUCUAAAUUGGUAAAAUGCUUUUUAGAUUUCCUCUCAGUCUUCCUGUAACCUUUUCUGAGUAUUCAGAUCGAGGAUUGUUCUUUGAAAAUGUCAGUUCUGGAAUAAAAUGCCAUUAUUUAUA